UCUCACGCUUCCAUGGCCAAAUCCCCAAAUUCCAAAUCUAACCCUCACCCUUUCCUCUGCUGCUUUGGAUUUUCCGGCAAGCACCGUCGCUUUAAGCCUCUCAAACCUGCCGCCGCUCACCGGAAAGGUCCCAUUUCUUGGAUGAGGUUUCACUCCAAGCAGCCGCCGCCGUCGCCGUCGCCGUCAGUUCAGUUCAACCUGUCUAAUACGGAUUCCGACCGGCUCUCCUCAAAAUCUAUUUCUCCGACCGCCGCUUUUAACUCGAAUGAAGAUUUUACCGUCGCGGUGCCGGUGGCGACAAAUCGUGCCGGCGGGGAGAUUGUCACGAGGCCAGAAAAUGUAAAAAACGACAUCCUUCCCGAAAAAAUCAUUCGUGAAAGUUGCGAACAGUGGAACUCGCCAAAAAAACCUAGCGCUCGAAGUGAAUCAAGAUUCUCAUUAACUCGAAAACUCGAGUCGUUUCGAUCAGGUCGGUUCGCUCAACCCGCCUCACCGACGACAAAAAAGAAUCUGAAAUCCACCAGCCUGCAUUCACCCACCAUAUCACUCCACCCGCCUCGCAUAAACCAAGUCAAGGAACCGCUAGCAAGUAUGCGGGUCGGGUUAAAGCCAAACAACGGCGAGACGAGGCAAAGGUACCAAUCGAUGGCGGGAAUGUCAAUUUUGAUGAUAACGUUGGUGAUCAUGGUAGCGUGGGGAAGACUAUGUGCCAUUUUAUGCACGGCAGCUUGGAUUGUUAUGGUUACGAGCUUAAGGUCAAUCAUUGAAGAUUAUGAUACAGUUCAAUUUUUUGAAUCGGAUUCCUAUUCUGAAGGGUUUAAGAAGAAAUUAGUGGUUUUAAAAGGGUUUGUCUGCAGAAAUCAGACUCAGAAUCAAUCCAAGAAAUUUUAGAGGAAUUAAAAUUUUUGAAUCAUUUUUAAUUAUGCUUGAUA